AUGGCAUUUUCUUUAGGUUACUUGCUUUACAAUGGGCACCACAAUGCGGCUGGUUCGCUGUUUAUGGAAAGCAAGGAAUUGGAAGAAUUACGAUCGCAAUAUACAAAACUCGCCGAACUUCCAAUGAAUUUAACACAAAUUACCUUGAUAGACUUAAUCAAAGAUUAUUUACAAAUGACCAAUUUUGUGGCUCAUCAUUUAUCCAACACAAACAUGUCAUGUCAACUGGGUAGCAUGGCAUCGUUGUUACCGCAGUUGUUAAAGAACAGCACUGUCGGACUAAAUCGUACCCCACCCAUACGCCCAAUACGCCCUUUGUGGAUGCCCACUGGCAAGGCCUAUCUGCCACCGCGUGUGAUCAGCACAGAUCAUUCAAAUGGAAUUAGCGGCAUACAAGUUAAGCAGAAUCCCCACCUGUUUCGAUUGCCUCUGGUCGCGGUCAGACCGAAUUCGUUCACUGCGAGAAAAACGGGCAGUGUCCUCCGGGGAAUGUCAUCGGCUAUUUCAAUUUUGCCACCAGGCACCACGACUCGUCCAUUGAUCCGUUUGGUUCGGAACGAAACCCCAGUUUUCUUCAAUACAGCUAGUUCAAAAGCGGAAGCGCUCGACGAACCUGGAACUAUUUGUCGUCCAGUGGUCUGUGAAAAAUCCACCUCCACUAGCCCGUUUCAUGAAGACUCCUCUCCCUCUGAGUCGCCUGGUCCCCUAGAGGUUGUCACGGUGGAAGAUCCGUGCGAGGAAUCUAGGGAUUCAGUUUCAGAACCUGACACACACGCACCCGGAGAUCGGUUGAUAGAAUCUAGGAAAAGUAAAAUUACUGUGAAGCCCGAUCUAACACAAUCAGCAUCCAGCACUGUUGAAAAGAAAACAGGCGAUCGAAUGGAUUGCGCCUCAUCUCCCAGCACACAUCAGUUCCCGUCAGGUGAAUCCGAACUGAAGUCACGAAACCCCCCAAGUGGAACAAUUAUUAAUACAGACUCUGAAAAUAACUCCAAGGAUACUUCCCCACAGGUGUCUUCUGGUGGCACCAAAAGCAUCACGUCGUCGUCCGUAAACACUUUGCCGUUCACUGUGUUCAAUCAUCUACCUCCCGCUUCCGAGGCAAAGCGUUUGUCUGUUGGCUCCGACUCUAGUCUCCGCGAGGAAUCCCUAACUCCUUCCAGCUCGUCUCGUCGAAAGCGCCUUCAAACACCUCGUCAUGUUGUAUCUGGUCAGACCACGAUGUCUGUUCCUUUAGUGGGAUCCGAGUCGCAGGACGACGUGGAUAUUCAGCGUUUCUUGUCCGCAUUGUUCUCCAAACCGGAACAGCUUGCCACUCACAUUAACGCUAAACUCAACAGUUUACCUAGCCCGACUGAAUCAACCAGCCGUGGGAUCUGCGAUGGCCGAACCAGAACAGCCGGUGAUUUACGAGCUCCCGUCUCGGAAUUCGUCAAAUCGACCACAUUGGGAAUCGCUUCCGAGAAGUCUUCCGAGAUUGGGAGCAAGCAGAGCGAUAUUGUGAAUCCGCUGUUAGAUCUGUUGGAAGUACGUUUAUGCAGAAAGAAUGCUUGCAUAUGA